AUGGUUGCCUUCUCUCGCAUCACCUUCGCUCUCGCCGUUGCCGGCUUGAGCUCCGCUCAGUCUUUCUCUGGACCGGCUCCCUCUGGUUUGCCCUCCGACUUUCCUACCGGUGUCUUCCCAUCAGGUGCUGCUCGCCCUACCGGAGGAGUUGGCGGCCCAGGUGGCAACGAGGGUGGCCAAGGUCACGGUGGAGACCAGAGUGGUUUCGCUCACCCCACUGGCGGCCCUCACUCCGGUGGUCCCAGGCCCUCAGGCACCGGUGUCUUUGGUGCUCAGCGCGUUCAGCAGAGCGGCGAGGCUCCUUUCCCUAGCGGCGGCGACUUCUCUGCAUUCCCCAGCGGUGCUGCUAAGCCAUCUGGACACCACGGCAAGGGCGGCAAGGGCGGCAAGGGCGGCAACCGCAGCGGUCAGCCCAGCGGCGCUGCUCCCACAGCCUUCCCCUCUGCUGUGUCCGGCCUUGAGCGCCGCCAGCAGCCAUCUGGCACCCCCGUCUUCUCUGGCAGCUUCCCUGCCGAGUCUGGCUUCCCUGCUCCUUCAGGUGGUUUCCCAUCAGGGGGCUUCCCUGCUCCUUCAGGUGGUUUCCCAUCAGGUGGCUUCCCUGCUCCUUCAGGUGGUUUCCCAUCAGGUGGCUUCCCUGCUCCUUCAGGUGGUUUCCCAUCAGGUGGUUUCCCUGAGAGCGGCGCUCCGUUCCCUACCGGUGCGGACUUCUCCGCCUUCCCCAGCGGCGUAGCCAAGGCUUCCGGUCACCACGGUCACGGUGGUAAGGGCGGAAAGGGUGGAAAGCACAGCGGACAGGCUCCUAGCGGAGCUGCUCCCACAGCUGCUCCGUCAGCUGCCUCUGGCCUUGAGCGCCGCCAGGAGCAAUCUGGCACACCUCCAGCUUUCUCUGGCUCGUUCUCCGGCCCUGCGCCUUCAGGACCUAAGCCAACUGGUGCCAUCCCCAGCGGUGUCGCUCCUCCCAACGGUGCCCGCCCUUCCGGUCACCCAAGCGGCCCCAAGCCCAGCGGAACACCUCCCGCUGGUCCUUCCGGUGUUGAGAACAACGUCGCUGCUGCCGCUGCCAAGUCUGGCUCAUCUGAGAAGCCCACUGGUGUCAAGCCUACCGGUGCCCGCCCUACCGGUGCCAAACCCUCCGGCAAACCUACUGGCGCCCGUCCUUCCGGUCCUCCUCCCUCCGGUGCACCGUCGGCUGUUUCCUCUGGUCUGAGGCGUCGCGCCCAGCGCUCUGGAUCCAUCAAGCCCUCCGGUACUCCUCCCGCUAAGCCUACCGGUGUCAAGCCCUCCGGUACUCCUCCCGCUAAGCCUACCGGUGUCCGCCCCUCCGGCACUCCCUCUGGCUCGCCUCCUUCCGGUACUCCCGCUGCCAAGGUCAACGCCGCUGCUCAGUCCGGCGCUCCUACUGGCGCUCAGCCCACUGGCGCCAAACCCUCCGGCAAGCCUACUGGCGCUCGUCCUACUGGACCUCCUCCCUCCGGUAAGCCCAGCGGCCCUGCGCCCACUGGCUUCGUUACCUCUACCGUCCGUGGCGCAUAG